UCUUCUGGGAGGUAGAAGGAAAUCAGAAUCAUGGUUGGUUUCAAGGCCACAGAUGUGCCCCCUACAGCCACCGUGAAGUUCCUGGGGGCUGGGACAGCCGCCUGCAUUGCGGAUCUCAUCACCUUUCCUCUAGAUACUGCCAAAGUCCGGCUGCAGAUCCAAGGAGAAAGUCAAGGGCUAGUGCGCACCGCAGCCAACGCCCAGUACCGUGGCGUGCUGGGCACCAUCCUGACCAUGGUGCGCACCGAGGGCCCACGCAGCCUCUACAACGGGCUGGUCGCCGGCCUGCAGCGCCAGAUGAGCUUUGCCUCUGUCCGCAUUGGCCUCUACGACUCUGUCAAGCAGUUCUACACCAAGGGUUCCGAGCAUGCGGGCAUCGGGAGCCGUCUCCUGGCUGGUAGCACCACUGGUGCCCUGGCGGUCGCCGUGGCCCAGCCUACAGAUGUGGUAAAGGUCCGCUUCCAGGCUCAGGCCCGGGCUGGCGGUGGUCGGAGAUACCAGAGCACCGUGGAAGCCUACAAGACCAUCGCACGAGAGGAAGGGAUCCGGGGCCUCUGGAAAGGGACCUCUCCCAAUGUCGCCCGUAACGCCAUUGUCAACUGUGCUGAGCUAGUGACCUAUGACCUCAUCAAGGACGCUCUCCUGAAGGCCAACCUCAUGACAGAUGACCUCCCUUGUCACUUCACCUCCGCCUUCGGGGCGGGCUUCUGCACCACGGUCAUCGCCUCCCCCGUCGAUGUGGUCAAGACGAGAUACAUGAACUCUGCCUUGGGCCAGUACCACAGCGCUGGCCACUGUGCCCUUACCAUGCUCCGGAAGGAGGGGCCCCGAGCCUUCUACAAGGGGUUCAUGCCCUCCUUCCUCCGCUUGGGGUCCUGGAACGUAGUCAUGUUUGUGACCUAUGAGCAGCUCAAAAGGGCCCUGAUGGCUGCCUACGAAUCCCGGGAGGCACCCUUUUGAGCACCACCUGCUGCUGACCUGGACCCCCGCUUCCCUGCCCUGCGCUGCCUUCUCCUUCAUCCUCUGCCCAGCCCCACGCCUCCUCCCGGUCCUUCGUUUCCCUCACCUCCCUUCCCUUCCCACCUCACCUCCCUUCCCUUCCCUUCCCUUCCCUUCC